AUGGUUUGCUUUCAUUCAGAUCCAACAUUAUCUGCGCUCGUAUACACACCAAAUGACAUGCUUCAAGACACGUGUGCGAACUUUGCAUCAUGUUACGCUUUCUCGGAACUCAAUGGCGAGGAAGAAAAGGAGGAUGAAGGUGCGUUCAAAAAUCUCGUAGAAUUUUCUGAAAACAGAAAAAUCUAAUACACGCUUCGGGAACGUUAUUCUAAUCCUUGGCUAUUCAGUCUCUUUUUCGUGAUUGAAACAUUUGCCUCACAGCCCUUUCUAAAACCAUACAGUUAUAUAAUAUAAUAAUGUCAAUGAUACCAUGGAUAAUAAAAUAAAUGGAUAGGAAACUAGCUGACGUGACCUAAUGUUUUUACUGGGAUUGAUGGCGUGGUUGGAUGCCUCAACCAAGUUGAAAAUCAAAUUCUCAAAAACGGCAUGUUUAGCAAUAAUACAGCUAAACAUUUUAGUCAAAUAGCAAAUAAAUGUAACUACGCCAUUCUACGAUGAAAACUCUAAGUAUAUUCCCAGUUAAUUUUAGCAAAUAUUUCAAGCACUAAACAGUGAAAAAUACAUCGCAAAUUUCGUAAAAUUUGUGACGCCAAUUUCGUAGCUACAAUUGUAAAAAAAUACAAAACAAAGACGAAAAAUUAACAUUUACCUUGAAUACUUUGUCGUGGCUUAGGCAUGUUUUUAAAACAAUUAGACCAGUUUACGCUUCAAGAUCACCCUUUUAUAGCAAAACAACAAAUAUGCCGAGAACUUUGGUAACAUUCGCAAUACGCGUGACGUCACGUUUUUCAACAAGGAUGCAGUCAAUGACGUCAGAAGUUUCCAAUCCAUUUAUUUUAUUAUCCAUGAUGAUACAUAGCUCUAAUGCAGGAAUCUCGAUCACAAGAUCAGCAAGAAUGGGAUGUUGCCAUGUUGGUGACACAGCGGGCACGCUUUGCACUGGUUUAAGCCAGUUGUCCACUUCAACCGAAACGUACUGGCGAGCAUGCGCAGAUUGAAAAGGGGUUAAUAAAUCCACGUACUUCCGGGUGUAUUCGCGUAGUAUCAAAAUGAAAAGUUCGUCGCAAGUCAACUUUUUGGCGUACUAUGGAAGUAUUAACCAAUCAACAUUCACUAAAUUUUGAAAUUUAAGUGUUUUUGAUACGCUUCGGUAUGUACCUGGCUGGUCCCAGAUUUCUUUAUUUCCCAGUCGUAUUUUAAUCGAAAAAGCAUAGAUCACUAACGCCUGUAUUCUAAAAGCUCCCUCACACUCGCACUCAAUGAGUGCAGGUUCAAUCUGAGCUUAUCUUGAGUGUCAAUGCUGUUUUUGAAUAGCUGAAGGGUGAGUAGUCACAUAGUAAGGUAUGACAGUCGCCCUCCAGCUAUUCAAAAACAGCAAUGACAUUCGAGAGAAGCUCACAUUGAACUUCCACUCAUUGAGUGUGAGUGAGCUCUUAGAAUACGGGCGUAAAUCCUUUGAAGGCAUGAAGUGGAAAACUGGCUUUACCUGUUGAUAACCGAACAGUACUGUAGACUUUCUUAAUGGUUUUCCCCUAACUUAUUGAUAUGUUAUUUCAGAUGAAAACACAGAAAAUGAAGUGGAGGACUUAAACAACAAGAGAGUGGUAUUGGCUGGACUAUGCAAACUCUUCUCUUAUGGUAUCUUCGAAAUGCGUCUGGCCACAGUCCUGUUUUCACGUAUUAUAUCUGUAUGUAUACCCAGUAUAAUAUUCUUAUACAUGAGUUCAGCGAUGGAUGGGGUGACAGAGGCACAGUGGGUAAUCCCAAGCCAUGCGCAGAGCGCGUAGGGCGAAGCCCGUGACGAGGGUAAUAUUAAUUCCGCUCGGCUAUUUACACCCGGGGAAAGGAAAGUUAGAUGUAAGAUGGGAAAUCAUGAAAUAUAAGGCAAAUCUGUUUCGAUUGUUUAUGUGAUUUUUUCGCCACACGUUGUUUUCCACUUACGUAUAGGUGUCACUCUCCUCCGCAGAGUCUGAAUUAUAUAGGAUUUGUAGGGAUAAUGUAGGGAUAGUAGAGGACAUUUAGUGGUGCGCGACGGGGGGGGGUGAGAUCGUAGCUUCCGUCUUCCCAUCAUACCUAGCGCGUUUAACUAACAAUUACGUAAUUUGUUUCCCAAGUAAUAUUACGUAAUUUUACUAAAAAUUCGUAAGGCUCUGCGGAGGAGAGUGUAUAGGUGUAUUAAAGUCUCUUAAUUUUUUAUGUUAAAGAUUUUAUAUAUCUACCAUAUAUUAAUCGGCAAAACAGCCAAAAGCAUAAAAGUUCAUUAAAUGAACAUUUUAUCGUCCACCAAAGUUGGAUUUUACAUUAAAACCACGGUUAGAUUGGGCUGAAGCUUUUAGAAUUCACAAUAGCAUACCUACAGUAUACUGUAUGUGUUUUGUAAAUGAGUGAACUUGAAAUGAGCCACAUUCUUGGCCAAGGCUACGGGUUACCCACCAGCACCUCCUUCCCAGUAAAUCCAUCCUUGCCUGAGUUAAACUAACUUUUAAGGUUAUCCUAAUAUCCUAUUUGUUGUUAUAGGCUUUUGGGAAUUUUGGUGACCUUAUCAAACAGACCAUGUCAAAGUGCAGAGAAAUUAAUAUAAACUAUUACACCAAAACAAUAGCGCUUACUUUAUUUUCGGUAUGUCUUCUUUAUAGUUGCUUUGUGUGGGUAGAAUUUGAGAAAACAGCUUACAUGAACAACCCCUAAGUACAGUGUCCUAUCAACUUAUACCUGCAGUAUUAAUCAGGGAGCUACAGGUACAAAAGUACAUGUUCAUGUUUACUUACCAUAUCGAGGGGCAAUUUCAUUUUAUCUUUAUCUUGUGCCUUUAGGCCUAAUAAGUAUAUUUCUGUCUGUUGGACACAUUCAAAUUUCUUCUGGGCUCCUGCCAACACGUUUUUUUUGUGUUUUUUUUUGUUGUUUUUUUGUUUUGUUUUUUUUUGUUUUGUUUUUUCAAUUUUCCUAUAAAACUCUAUUAUUGUCAAAAAAGGUGAAUAUUCAGGUUCGUUUAUUGGAAAAAUAACUUAUGUCAUCAGAAAUUUCAUAAGAAACUACACAUAACACAUUUUUAUGGUUACCUUGAUUUUUCAAGUUCUUUAAAUAUCUUAACUGGAAAUAAUUGUUAGUUUUUUUUCUGUUAGGAAUACGAAAAGCUUCGUGAGGUGGGAAACGGUCCGGUCGACAAAUCGUCAGAGGAAUACACUGCCUUAAAAGUACGUAUAGAUUAUCGUCCCAUACUGAUUAUGUAGGGGUAUGUAUGUGAGGUUAGACAAUGUAAUAGUCCAGUGAUACGUUUUCGAAAUGUGUGUAUGGCAGAACGUCGUCCCUCACAUGUUGAGAUCUAGAGUUCCAAGUCCUAGUGAUCCUAAACUAUUAUACUGUAUGUCGAGACUGUUACGUACAGUUGUUUGCAAUGUACGAUAGUUUCGUGAGAAUAAUAAUUAUGUAUUUUACUUUUCAGGAACUUGCAAGAAGACUUGCGUUAACGUAUGGAAUUGAACUGACUAAAGAACCCAUUCGCAAGGCAAUGAUUAACUUACACAGGUAUGAAUAUACGCUUCUGACUACUAAUAUAAUACUGUUGAUUUUCAUAAAAAAAGUGUAUAAGAAAUACAAUAUAUGUUAAUAAUGUAAAAAUGCCUACGAAGCCGCAUAUUAUUAUAAAAAAUAGAAUUAAUUGUAUUAAUUAUUAAUUGUAUUUUAUAGGUCAGUGGUACUGUAAAGUAACACCUUAUCUUCGAAUUAAUUACCGAAAUAUUAUUUAUUUCAAGCAUGCAGCACGUAAGAAACGCAGUAAACUAAUCUAAAAAGAAAAAGAUGGUCGAAUUUUUGUAACAAUGGGAGGGAGGACUGACAAUGAGUGGAAUGGUUUUAAAAGGGGCGAGAUGAUAAAAAAACUGUUAUUAAGAUUGCUGAGGAAGACGUUUUUCAAAGGAUUUACGCCCGUAUUCUAAGAGCUCACUCACACUCAAUAAGCGGAAGUUCAAUGUGAGCUUCUCUCGAGUGUCAUUGCUGUUUUUGAAUAGCUGGAGGGCUACUGCCAUACCUUACUAUGUGACUACUCACCCUCCAGCUAUUCAAACAUCCAGCUAUUUAUUAAACAGCAUUGACACUCAAGAUAAGCUCAGAUUGAACCUCCACUCAUUGAGUGUGAGUGUGAGGGAUCUUUUAGAAUACAGGCGUCAGUGAUCUAUGCUUUUUCAAUUAAAAUACGACUGGGAAAUAAAGACAUUUGGGACCAGCCAGGUACAUGUACAGUAUAUCCUUUUUCGUUCUGGGCUUUAAUAAUGACUGCAACUUUGAUGUUCACAAUCUUUCUAGAGAAGCAAUAUUACGUAGCUUCAGCCGAGACGAUGAACAGGAGAAUGAACAGGAUAAUGCAGAGACUGAGAUCGCGUUGCCUAAUAUCGGGUUCCUUGCUGUGAUUAGUGAAUGUUCAUCAAGACUGAUAUCACAGGAUAAGAAAACUGUGUAAGUAUUAAAUAUCGUUCUAAAGCAUUUCUGACUGCACAGGCAUUGGUCGUUUUUUAACCUAAAUCACAGUUUUGUUGGAAAUCAUAAACGUUUAACUUCGCUUGAAAUUUGGCAAAAUCAAUGAGUUCGUUUGACUCGCACUAUAUGCUGUCGAAAUUUCGAAAUUCAGGUUACGUCGGUUAUAUAAAAUGGUAGUUAAAGUUAACUACAGCUACCAAACAAAAUCGCGUACUUCAGUACUAACUAUUAUUUAACUACGAAAUAGUAGUUAAAAAGUGGAAUAGAUUUUUUAUACAACCGUCCCCAGGAGUACAUGUAUUUUGACAUUUUCAGAUAACUCGCAUACUGUAUCUUGUUGCCAUUGUUACAAGAACGUUUCGAAUAGUAGCCAAUAAUUUAAAAAUAAACACGCGUUAAUCGAAAUAUCUACUGUCCCUUGCACCCCAGUAAGGUGAAUUCAUGAAAAAAAGAAAAACAAUAAAUUUAUGAGAAAUAUACUUUUCCAUGGUUACGUUUUACUUUCGUUUAUUAUUAAGACGUUUUCUAACCAAAUGCUCUAGUUUACCCAAAUCAUGAUUGACACACUUCUUAUAUCUUUUCAGUUUGGGUAUCCUUAAAAAGCAAAUGGAGGAUAUAAAGUUAAAUAUAAAAGAUGCAGGUCGUGAUCCAGAAUUACAGCCAUUGGUAUCAUACUAUAGAGUCAUGUUGGAGGGAAGUCAAUGUAAGUGAAAAUCCUGGAAAGUCCUGGAAUUUCUUUCGAGCUGUUUUGAUAAUAUUUACAGUGUAGACUAAAUAAUAUUUCGAAUAAAUGGUAGUGUUUCAAAAAGCAAAAUCCGUGCCAUUUUGAAAGAUUUUUACCAGUUUUAGGUCCUUGAAUUCGCUAGAAAAACGUCCUUGAAAGUCCUGGGAAAGUCCUUGAUUUUCAUAAAGUGUGAAAACCCUGAAAAUAGUUAUUUUCUCUUCCCUCUUUAGAUCAUCUUGGUUAAAAACAUCUGCCAUGCUGUAAUUUUUAUUAAAAUAGAAUACACCCUUCCGGAAAGUACUUAGCUAUAGAACCUCGUUUCCGUCUUUGAGGCUUUUAUUAGCUUUAGUGCCCUUUAUCUUGUUACUGAUUACAGAAUUAUAAACAGGUCUUUUGUAUUCACUGAUAUAACUGUAUGGUUCCGUAAAUGUGUCAUCUAUAACAAGGAAAAGGGCUUGAAUCCCAAGAUCUCAAUCACGAAAAUGAGAUUCUAUAGCCAAGACUGAGCACUUUCCGUAAUAGGGUGUAUUUUCAGCUGCAGUUACCCAAAGAUUAGUAUUAUCCUAUAUGACGACAAAUGCAUACUUCUCUUCAUUUAGUGUCUAGUGCAAAAACGACAAAAUUGCGUCCAGCACCUCAAAAGGCGAAGAGAAAGCUAGAUGUUGAUGGUAGGUUUCAGAAAAAUAUGUAAUCAUCGAGCUGAGCUGAAUUGUGAAAGAUGCAGCUGAAACUGAUCGAGUCGAAGGAUUUCUAAUGGCGCCUCUGGCUGCUACCUUA